GGCGCGCUCAGCUCAAGUACACGUCCGCGGCGCGCCGAUGAGCCCGGCCUCGCAGGCGGACUGCCUGCAGGCUGGCCGGCCGGCUUCGGCCAGCUGCUCCUCGACACUGGCCUCCUUCUUUUCGCCGGCCUCGACGCGCGCCCGGACCCUGAGGCCGCGACAGCCGUGCAGACGCCCACGUCCACGCCCACGCCCGCGCACCUGCCCGCAGGCGCCGCCGACGCCGGCUCCGCCAAUUGCGGCGCUCUGUUCGCCUGCAGGCUCGUCGACGCACUGACGCCGGCAGGCCGCACCGACAACGAGCCGGACGCGCUGCCGCAGGAAGUGCAGUCGGGCCGCCGUGCGGCGUGGCGAUUGGCGGAGGACGAGGCGGCGCUGUCGGCUGAGGCGCGGCCUGCGAUUCAGGCCGCCUGGCAAGAGGACGCCGACUCUGUGAAGGUAGGCGAGUUGGAGGCCGUCUUUCACCUGUUCGCGAAUCGGCGCCGCAGCCAUGGCAUGGCGAUGCCUUACGUGCUUGCUGAGGCUGCUGGACGGGUCGUUGGGCGCCUUCUCCUGGUCGUGACGAUCUGGAGAAAGUGGGCCCAAGUUCCGCAUAUCUGGCCACUGUCGUUGUGCUCCCGUCAGGACUGGGAUUUAAAUGUUCCUCUCAAGACCGCGGCGAAAUGGGACGCAAUUUCAGCCCAAACGGCCCGGCACAAGACAGCCUCGCAGACCUAUUCACUAGCGCCCUUUUUACGCCCACUCUCAUACAAACGGGGGGGAGAACAGCGCCAAAUGCGCCUCAAACGCAGACCCGUUAGCGAGCCCAUAAGUGGAUGCUAA